CGUCCACCAAAUUCCUUCAUUAUCUAUCGUAAAGAGCAGGUUGCAAAUUAUCCAAAGCUGACCACCGCAGAGCUCUCCCGAAUCUUGGGCGAGAAGUGGUACAACGAACCACCAGAGCGCAAGGCUCACUACGCUAAACUCGCCAAGGAGGCCGAGCAGAAACACGCGCUUCAAUAUCCUGAAUACAAGUACAGACCUGCAAAG